CUUCAGAAAAUAGUAAUAUCAUAUCGCAUGGUUGGGAAUGAGAAUGCACGAACUAUACAGCUAUAUAUGGAAUAUCAUACUGAAACGCGUAGGUGUAAGUUAAUUUUUAACCUAGCGUGUACAAUUAUAUUUUUGCUAUCCCAUGAAGAAAUACAGCCAAUAUAAUUAUUAUCUUUAAGAACCAUUGCCCAUUGGACCGUGCAAUGUGCCAGGAUAUUGCCCGGAGGGUGUUGAACAAACUCCUAUGGGAAAUUGGUGAUUUCAGCGCAUAUCAUGUCAUACGCUCUAAUAUUGCACUGGCAAAUAAUACAGAUCAAAAUAGGCUUCAUUACACCGGCAAAAGGCCAUAUAUAAAUAAAAAAAAAUACAUGUAUUAUUAUAAUAACUUCUGAAUUUAAGGCCAAAUAUUCCAUAAUAUCUUGUCUUGUUCUCAGAAAUUAUAUUAGUUUCUGUAGUUUAUUAUGUUAUAAAUGUGUAUUUCUGCGUUUAAUUUAUCCCCAUUACACCUCCAUGAGUUCACACAUUUAUCAAUUAAGAUAGAGAGGGGGUAUGGGUGAGGAUCAUCAAACAUACAGUCGUAAAGAGAUUUAAGAGGCACAAAUUCGUCAUGGUUAUCAUUAUACUAACACAUCUUUUGCUCGGAUAUUACAAUGGGACAGGCAUUAUUCCAGGAUCUAUAUAUAAACCACGUAGCAGAGGGGCCAAAAGAGUGUCGCAUUACUCAUCCAUAUCCUGAAGAAAAUGUUCACCUUUGUAUUGUAUUCGAUGAUCAAACAACAUUCGAGGCUCGUGACUAUUCGCGUUGUAAUGCUUAGUAAUAUAUCUUUCAUAAUCAUUGUGUGAUGGUAUUCCCCGUCCGCGUAUGAGCGGAUGUUUACGAGAUGUUUCGGUAUUUAAAGUUCCCUUUAGAUGGAGGGGAUCUCUCACUUCAUUAGUUUUGCUUUGUGUAUAACGAAACAGAUCUACAUUGAUUUAUAUGUGAUAGUAAAUAUUUCAGCUUGUUCAAAUCGGCUGAUCUUCGUACCAGAUCCAGUUAAGACAAUUCUUUGGAGAUGUUUUAAACUUAAUUAGCCAGAUUGUGGAUAUAGUUUGAUCAUGAAUGUGCGGAUCCUUCGUAAAGAAUGAAAAUGUGCUCUUUUUCAAGGAAAUUUGAUCUAUAAAUUCGUCGUCAUAAUAUCGUGUACGGAAAGUCAUUGCCAGCAACUAGUUUCCCGGUCAGUGAGAAGAGCAUAGUUGGACACCUUUCUCACCGAUUUGCGAAGGACAUUUCAACAAUCAAAGAAAGAAGAAGGCCUCGGACAGCAUGGAAGGACUUAAGUCUAAUUACAAUGCAUUGGCAAGGAAGGUCCUGAUCGCUGCAGAGUCGGGCGAAUCGGAAAAGUUUAAAGGGCUGUUCAAAGGGCGGCAACCGGAGGAGGUCACCGAAGCUUUGUAUGACGUAUCGCAAGAAAGAUACAAUGAUGUCCUUGGAAAUGUCCGAUUUACUCCAUUUAUAGCUGGCGCCUGGCACGGUCAUAUUAAUGUCAUCGAUGAAUUACUCGAAGAAUACAAGGUCGAUGUUAAUCAGACGGGGUUUAUCACCGUAGAAGGAAAGAAAGUUGAGGUAACCGCUCUAUGCGCCGCAAUCCGACAACAGAACCUUGACAUGGCUAACUGCCUCCUAGAACGAGGGGCCGAUAUCAACCGAUGCUCUCCGCUGUCAGUGGCGUCUUACCGCGGUGACGUCACAUCAAUACGGUUCUUGGCGAAACACGGUGCGGACAUUAACGCUAGUUUUAACAAAGAGGGCGUCACACCUUUGAUGGUCGGCUGUGAGCGGUAUUCGUUGUACAUUGUGCGGCUGCUGUUGAACUACCAUGCUGAUCCGAGGUUGGAAGACAUGGAUGGAAACACCGCUCUGCAUCGACUGGCCUUGAAGCAGAGGAUGUAUGUCUUGAAGAACGGUCCGCUUCCGCAGAUCAUAGACACGCUUGUGGCGUCGGGCGCUCAGAUGUCGGUCAACCAGGCAGGACAGACACCACUCACCGCCGCGUGCGCAUCCGGAAAUGUUGAAGUGGCGCGCGCCAUUAUGUGCCUCCCGGAAGUACGUCCUGAAGAACAACUGACCGCGCAGGAAAAACUGAGGAAGAAACUAGAAAGUGACGUCAAAGAACGGAAUGGUUCCGACGAGUCACAGGAAGGGGAGAAAACACCGCGGAAAACGUCAUGGACUCAGAAGUUCACGAAUCCCAAUGAACUCAGGAAGCUAAAGUGGUCUGUGAACAAGAAAUCUAAGAAAACAGUCGCAGACAAAAUUGAAGACAUUGCAGAGAACAACGGGAUGGAUACGGUUCACGAGAUAGCAACCCCUUGAUACUUAUUCAAUAGAAUUUAUUUGAUAGUUGAGUUUUUAUACCAAGGAAACGCAGUGAGCCUGUAGACUUUAUACAGUUAUAAUGCUAAUUGCAGCAGAACUUGCAUAACCUAAUGCUCCUUGGAUAUUUCCAUAGUUCUACCUGCUCAAGUGUUUAUAUUCAAUUAUAUUUCAUCACUGUAUCGUUGUGCAAUUUAUAGGCAUAUUUCUACGUACAGUGCGGGGAAUGGCAUCUUCGACUGGGUCGAAUUCAAAGGGUUUAACCUACAGGGUCAACCAUAAAGGUGUUGGUUUGUUUGGGAAGUUUUGAGGUGCAUAAUCCCUCACCUUUUCUAUUUUUGCCCGCCGUCAAUACCACCGCGAGGGAAAUAUUUUUUUUUUUAAUCAUAUCAUUAUUUAGAAACAACUUUGCGCUCACUUUUGUUUAUUGUCAAGGAAAAUUUGGUGAAGGCCCUCCAAGAUUUUAAGCUUUUGUGGUAUAUCUCUUUUCAUUGUAUCCUGCUGUAUUAUAAAAAAUAAUAUUUUUA